UCGUCAUUAUUGUCUGACGUCACAACGGCUCGCCGGAAGGAUGUAGUUAUUUUGCUUUCUUUGAACAACACAGUACAGGCACUGUUAGCGUUAGCUCAGCUCUCUGGAUGUAUGAAACUAGCAGGGAGACGAUGUUGUAGUCGUUGCGUGGAUGAAUAUUUGACUUAUAGUUAAGCAACAAUGUCUUCAGUUGAGUGUUUGAGAGAGUUUGUCAACAAGCGACUAAAUGCUGCUGCUGAAGAAAUAUUCGGAGUUUUUCAAGAAGCUGUCGUCGAGUACGAGGCAGAGAUCGAUCGUCAGCGCAGACUGGUGGAUGUCGUUUGGAAACCGGAAAUAAAGUUACACAGGAUAGAGCUCCCACAGCAACAUGUCUGUAAGGAGGAGGAGGUUCUCUCUGACCAGCAGCUCUGUAUUCAGGAGAGGAACUCCAGUCUGGACCAAGAGGACCCAGAGCCUCCACAGAUUAAAGAGGAGCAGGAGGAACUCUGCACCAGUCAGGAGGGAGAGCAGCUUGUACUGAAGCAGGAGACUGAUACCUGUAUGUUGACUCCUACUGAUGAGGAAAGUGACCACCAGCUCCUCUCUCACAACUCUCAUGUAGCUGAGAGCCAAGAUCAGAAAGGAGGCAAGCAUGGAGACUCAGGCUCAACUAGAAAUGCAGAGCCACAUCAACAGAAUCAACAUCACAAAAGCAUAAGUCACAGUAACAAUGUAGAUAACCCUAACCUGUCAGAGAUGCACUGUGAUACUCAUACAGGCAAACAGCCUUUAAAAUGUGACGCAUGUGGAAAAGACUUUAAGUAUAAAUCAUCACUAGAGAUACAUCUGAGAACCCACACAGGUGAGAAGCCAUAUUCUUGUAAAACAUGUGGGAAAGGAUUUCAUAAGAAAUCAAAUUUGACCUAUCAUACAAGAAUCCACACAGGUGAGAAUCCAUAUUCUUGUAAAACAUGUGGGAAAGGAUUUAAACAGAAAUCAGAUUUGACCACUCAUACAAGAACCCACACAGGUGAGAAGCCAUAUUCUUGUAAAACAUGUGGGAAAAGAUUUAAUCAUAAAAAAGGAUUGACCGCUCAUACAAGAAUCCACACAGGUGAGAAACCAUAUUCUUGUAAAACAUGUGGGAAAACAUUUACUCACAAUUUAUCAUUGACCUAUCAUACAAGAACCCACACAGGUGAAAAGCCAUAUUCUUGUAAAACAUGUUGGAAAAAAUUCCGGUCUAAUGAGAAUUUGAAAGCCCACAUGAGAACGCACAUGGGGGGAAAGCUACAUCACUGCAGCAGAGGUUCCAGAGAUUAAAGAGUAACAGGAGGAACUAAAAUGAGUUUGACACUCCUGACUUCAGGGUUACACUCUGUAAUAAGUGUUUGAUCAUACACUAUUUCUACACACUACCUCAGCAAUGAGGUCACUGAGGUUUUUUCUUUGUGAGAGGAAGAUUGUCUGUUUUGGGUUAUUGGAUUGCAAUGGGAUAGUGCUUGAUCACCUGAACGUGUAAAUGUAGCAGAGAUAUGGAUGGUGGGAUGCUGGGCUUCAGAAGCUUGUGCGUAAUGCAUACUGGUACAUGCAGGCAGUCCCUGCACGGCUCCGCGAGCAGGAGAACUCAGCUUUAGGAUUCAGGGGGAUCUAUUGACAGAAAUGGAAUAUAGUAUUCAUAACUAUGUUUUCUUUCAUCUAUAAUCACAUGAAACUAAGAAUCGUUGUGUUUUCAUCAGAUUAGAAUGAGCCCUUCAUAUCUACAUGAGGAGCGUGUCCACUUCCACUGAGACCCCCAUGUUGCCUCUUUAGUAUCCCAGAACAGACGAACCAAACUCUGGCUCUAGAAAAGGUCUUUUCCUGUUUUUACGUUACCGGAAGCCACUGUAGGUUCUCACAACACUUGGAAAAGGAGGUGGGCAGAGGAGUAUUCAGUUAGUUGCACCUGCAACCUCACCGCUAGAUGCCACUAAAUCCUACACACUGGACCUUUCUAAGGGGACAGUUAAUGUUGUAACUGACCAUGAUGAACAAACUGUUGACCAAGAUGAAUGUUACUGCAUUGUAUGCAACUUUUUAAUUGAACAACGGUGACACUGAGCAUGGGUGAUUGUAGCAACACUGUUAAUAUCAUUUGUUAUACUGCUGCACAUUGUUUGAAGACUGACUGUGACAGAACAUAUUGCUGUAAAGGCCAGAAGCUAUAGAAGCUUAAAGAGAACGUAUUCAUAUCACACAUGUUUGUUACCAAGGUAGAAUGGUGCAUCACAUUUUACGAUUUGUAAAUAAUGAAUGUGUGUAUACAUUGUCUUGAAGCAAUUUCUUUCUAAAUGCUGCAAACAUAUUGUGAUUUUAAACAUGUGUAUACCAAUCAAAUGUUAAUGUUCAUUAAUAUUUUCUUAUUUGUUUUUUCAGUUUUAAUUCUUUUCGUAAAUGCAUUUGUAUGAACAUGGAAAUAAUGUUAUGUGUUGUAUUUCAUGCCAAGUAAUUACAAUAAAUGU